UUUCUUAUUGGGCGUAGCCGCGGCCGGCGCUCGCGGAGUCCGGGAUGUCGCUGAGCGCGGUGAGGCUGGAGCCAGGCUCCGAAGGGUUCAGCGUGAGUACUCCGCGGGAGUUCGAGUCCGAGUUGGAGUCGGACUUCGUGUCGGCGUCGUCAGAGACGGGAGGGGAACUCGGAGCUGACGGGAAGCGGGUAGUGCCCGGCAUCAUAUACCUGGGGCAUAUCCCGCCGUGCUUCCGGCCCUUGCAUGUGCGGAACCUACUCAGCGUUCACGGCGAAAUCGGUCGCGUCUUCUUCCAGCCGGAGGACCGAUCUGGCCGAAGAAGGAAAACCCGGAGUUCGUCGGCUGGCCGCCGCUUGAGGCAGGACUACACCGAGGGCUGGGUGGAGUUCCGGGAUAAGCGGGUGGCCAAGCUGGUGGUGGCCAGCCUGCACAACACGCCCAUGGGCGCCCAGCGCCGAAGUCCCUACCGAUACGAUCUGUGGAACCUGAAGUAUUUGCACCGAUUCAAGUGGAGCCAUUUGAGCGAGCGCCUGGCCUAUGAGCGGCACGUCAGGCAGCAACGCCUCCGGGCUGAGAUCUCUCAGGCUAAGCGCGAAACAGACUUUUACCUGCAGAGCGUGGAGAAGAGCAAACAUUUCCUAAAGAAGGCAGAAGCUGCGCUGGCCUCCCGUGGGGAGGAUUCUGUAGUGGCUGAGAAGAGCUGGAGCUUCAUCCAGCGCCCCACAGAGAUGGAGAUCAGGAAGCACAGAGAGAUUCCGACCAGCCAGGCCAGAGAGCAGCAACUGCAAGCCCAGAUCCACGAGUUUGCCAGGAAGGCUCAGCCAAACGAGCCGCUGCUGGCCAAGAUCUUCCGUCCUGGGGCCUGAGUUUCUGGGAAACUGACUUCAGUGACCUCAACAUUGCUAGCACAUUGGAAAUGACCCCGCAAAAUGGGAUGUGGAAAUCGAGUUCACAUUUGGAUUUUCUGCCCAGUUGAAGCCUUCUACUUACUAGUUUGUUUCGAAAACUUCAGGAUGCAAUUUUUACCUUUCAAACAAUAAAAUCUUGCCUUGGGA